AUGAAAUCACCAAUAGAAUUAUACUUUGAUAAUAGUAAUAUUAGAAACAUUGAAAUACUUGAACAAUGUCCUACCAUGUACAAACAAGACGAAAGAGAAAAUAUAGAAAAGGAUGUUAAAUUUGAAGAAUCACAUGGUGCCUCCUCGAUUGAUAGUCCAUCGAUAACCAAUCAUGCUACCUUUGAAACAUCAUUUAUUCUAACCAAUUCACAUAUAAUGAAUUACUAUGCUGCUUAUCAAAGAGUAGAUUUGGAUUUACCAACUAAAAGAGAAACAUUUAUAAUGUCAGAUGGAGGAACUAUAUCAGUUAAUUGGUUUGAACUUGGAGAAUACAAUGAUGAUACACCAACUAUAUUAAUACUACAUGGAUUGACUGGAGGGUAUCAUGAAAGGUACGUUCAACAUUUUGCACAAUAUGCACAUCAAAAGUCUGGUUAUAGAUCAUUGGUUUUCAAUUAUAGAGGAUGUGCUGGUAAUGAGGUGACAGCAGACAAGAUUUAUUGUGCCAACUUUUUGGAUGACUUGAAAUGGGUUGUUGAAUGGCUCAAACAAAGAUUACCAAAUACCAAGUUGUUUUUACUUGGCUUUUCUUUGGGAGCAUCGAUCUUGGUCAACUAUCUUAGUAGUGCUGGUGACACAUCUCCAUUUGUGGCACAUUGCAGUAUCAGUAAUCCAUUGGAUAUGAAGAAAUGUGGUGACAAUCUCAAAUCAACAAUGAUCAACCAACAAUUCUACAACCAAAGUUUGGCCAACAACUUGAUCGAUCUUUUCCAACGUUGGGGUAAUCGUUUGGAUUCAUUUGCAACACUGGAACAAUUGAAAAAGGCUCGUUCCAUUAAAGAUGUAGAUGAUAUGGUAACUAGUAAAGUACAUGGUUAUAAAGAUGCCGAUGAUUAUUAUGAACAUGCUUCAAGUUGUAAUCAUAUUGAAUUUAUUAAAAAACCUACAUUAUUUAUAAAUGCAAGAGAUGAUCCUAUUAGUCCUGGUAGUGCAAUACCCUUUUCUAAAAUCAAAAACAAUCCAAAUACGAUACUCGCAUGCACCAAGUAUGGAGGACAUUUAGGAUUCAUGUACAAUCUUCACAAAAACCAACCAUCAUGGUCCGAUCAAAUCACUGUAGAAUACUUUAAUACCUUUUUGAAAUAA